AUGUUUAAAGGUGGUGUUAGAAAUGCUAGGGUAAUUACCCGAACCUCUGUGAGGUAUCAUCAAACAGGAACAUCUGAAUCUGAAUUAUCACAUUUCAAUGCAUUAGCCAAAUCUUGGUGGGAUGUAAAUGGUCCUCAAAGAAUUUUACAUAAGAUGAACCUUUUAAGAAUGGAUUUCAUAAGAGAUAAUAUAAGAACUCACUUGAAAUUGAAUCCUCAAGAUGUUAAACCUGAGGAUGAAGUUUAUAUACCUCCAUAUAAUGUCGAUUUAUUACCAAAACCCAUUAAAGAAAACAUUAUAUUGGAUCAAGAGUUGAGAAGAAAUGAAAUCUUAGGAGCCAAUAAAUUGAAAGUUCUUGAUGUUGGAUGCGGUGGAGGAAUAUUAAGUGAAUCAAUGGCAAGAUUAAGUUUUGUUGAGAGUGUUCAAGGUAUAGAUUUAUCACCCGAAGUUAUUGAAGCAGCCAAAGCUCAUAAAUUAAAAGAUCCCAUGUUAAAAGAUAAAUUGACCUAUAAUUUACAAUCACUUGAGACCUUACAAGAAACUUUUGAUGUUAUCACAUUAUUUGAAAUCCUUGAACAUGUAGAUUACCCAGCUCAAGUGUUAUUGGAAGCUUUGAAUAGAGUAAAUGUUGGAGGUUGGUUAUUUUUAUCAACUAUAAAUAGAGAUUUCAUAAGUUGGUUUACUACAAUUUUUAUGGGUGAGCAUGUUUUAAAUAUCGUACCUGUAGGAACUCAUACUUUAGAUAAAUAUAUUAAUCAUGGAGAAAUUGAAUCAUGGUUAAAAGAAAAUGGUGAUAAGUUCAAAUUAGUAGAUUCUAAAGGAUGUAUUUAUUUACCUAGUUAUGGAUGGAAAUUCACAUCAAAUGAAAAAGUUGGUAAUUAUUUCAUGGCCAUUCAAAGAAUUCAAUAG